UUCCCGCUCCUCUCUCUCUCUCUAAACCUCUUCGCAUUGCACACAGAUCCGAGUCUCGAUCCAUGGCCGAGUCCGAAAUCGAACACGAUCUCGACCUCGAAGAGAAAUCGUGGCACCUCCUCGCGCUCCUCCUCCGAAUCGGCCACGCCGUUUACCCUCAGCGCCUCGCUGCGCAGUGUCGUUUAUUCGCCGCCACGCCGGAAUUCGUCUGCCACGUCACCACUCUCCGCGGUUCCCCUCUCUCCCUCACCGAUAACGGACUCGUCACGCCUUCUGUUCGCGCCGUCUUCGCUCUCGGAAGCUUCUUCUCCCUCCGCUUCUCGCCGCAGUCGCAAACGCACAGUUUCAGAAAACGCAAACUGCUUUUCGAUUCCGGCGAAGAUAGAAGAGAAUAUAAGAGGUUAGCGAUUCGUAAUGGAGUUCGAGAAUUUUCGUUCCAGAGUUUUGCUGAUGCUGCAGAGGCUCUGAUGAGAAGAAAUAUCUCUGUAAUAAAAUUUGAAUCACAAAAUAUAGGUAGCGGGAAUUUUGCAUUCCCCUUGUGUAUUGGUACAGAUGGCGAGUGUUCAGGUUGUCCAGUGCCAAAUUUUGAAUAUAGGGGAGCCAAUAAUGAAGCUAGCACAAGCAUGUCUAAUGGAGAGGCUUCUAAAUCUAUUAUCAAAGCAAGCUACAUAAACUGUCCGAAGCUAGCGGACAUAAAGAGAUUCAUGGAAUGUAAUCACUUUGUUGACCGUGCUCUCCCGGAUCCCUCUUUAUGCAAAGCAGGUGUUGUUAGUAGUGUUGAAUUUGGGAAGAAAACGGAUCAUUUUGACACAUUUAUGCUUGAAUGUACCGAACAAAACAGUAUUCAUCAUGUGGAUGAGGAUGGUAUUUGUAAAAGUAACACCUGCAAAGAUCAACCAAGGGAAUCUAAUGAAUAUGAUGAGAUGGAAAGUUGUUCAAAAAAUGGGUUGAUUGGUUCUGGCACAAAUAUAGACAAGGAAGAUGUUGCUCAGAUGGUCAAUGCUGCUCUAUAUGGAGAAGAAUUGACUAAUGGUUUGGAACAAAAGAACCGUGUCCAUUCAAUAAAUUUGGAUAAAAAGGAGAGUGAGAGAAACACAGUGACCAAGUCUACUUAUAAAAUAGAUAAGUUCUGUUCAAACCCAAAGCAGCUUUUGAAAUCUUCUUGCAUAUUAAAGGGAGGACGGAAGACUGAUCUACACCCUCAGUCCCAAAUUCUCAAAGAGUCACUAGCCUGCAAUAAAUUUGGUAAUGUUCCAAAACAUGUUGAUCAAUGUAAAAAUGAUCAGAAACCAGCAGCAAGGAAGCAAAAAGAGAACAUGGCAGAAACUAUUGCCAUGACUCCAAAGGUGGAGAGAAAAACAUAUCCAUCAUUUGAAGCUUUUACAGUAGAGGAAGAAGAAGGUUCAGGUGGUUAUGGCACCGUUUACCGUGCUCAAAGAACUAAUGAUGGAAAAAGGGUUGCAAUAAAAUGUCCUCAUAGUAAUGCUCAUAAAAGCCAUGUAAAUAAUGAACGGAAUAUGCUCGAGCGUUUUGGUGGUAAAAACUUCAUAAUAAGGUAUGAAGGUUCUUUAAAAGAUGGCAGCAGCGACUGCUUUGUUUUAGAACAUGUUGAGCAUGACAGACCUGAGGUUUUGAAAAAAGAAAUCGAUAUAGUUCAGCUUCAGUGGUACGGGUAUUGCAUGUUCAGGGCUCUUUAUUGCUUGCACAAAGAGGGAGUUGUUCACAGAGACGUUAAACCUGGAAACUUUCUUUUCUCUCGAAAGCUAAACAAAGGAUACCUUAUCGAUUUCAACCUUGCCAUGGAUUUAAAGCAGAAGUACAACAACGGAAGUAAAUCAAAACCAAGCCUUGAUGCGUCAUCCAAUAAUGUUUCUCUCUCUUCCAGUUCUGCCUUUUUGGUCCAAAACAAAAACCUUGGAAGCAGCAAGUCUUUAACAUCCAGCAAAAGGGCGUUGGCAGAUUAUAAGAAUUAUUCUGAACUUAAUAAACAUGUAAAGCAAAAGGCUUAUGCUCUGAAAAAUCGUCCUGACAAGGCUGGUGGGAGUUUACUUAGAGCACAAGGAACAGAUGGCUCAGGUAUAACCUCUACGAAAGAUGCUAGCACUAGAACUGCUUCUGCGGAGAGGCUCAGGGAACCUUUACCUUCCAAAGGAAGAAAGGAGCUUAUCAGCCUUGUGCAGGAUUCUAUGCAAUGUGCAAACAACAGUUCAACUAUAGGUCCUUCCUCUCAAAGGAAAAGGGUCACUGCCCCGUCAGGCAGGGUAGUUGGGAAAGGUUUUUAGACUAGGCCGAGGCCUCUGCAUUCAUCUACUGUUGCUGGGGGGUUAUUGAGAAGCAAAGGAGAUGGAAAACAGAAAAAAGAAGGUUCAUGCGUUGGAACCAAAGGAUUCCGUGCCCCAGAGGUUCUGUUAAGGUCUCAGCAUCAGGGACCUAAGGUUGAUAUUUGGUCAGCUGGAGUCACCCUACUCUACAUGGUGAUCGGGAAGACUCCUUUCACCGGCGACCCAGAACAGAAUAUAAAAGAAAUUGUUAAAUUCCGGGGCAGUGAAGAGUUUUGGGAAGUGGCCAAGCUACAUGACCGUGAAUUAUCUUUUCCUGCGGAGUUACUUGAUGAGCGUUACUUACAGUCAUGGGACUUUGAAAGCUGGUGUAAGAUUCACGCAAAGAGGCCAGAAUUUCUUGAGCAAAUCCCGAAAUCGUUAUUUGAUUUAAUAGACAAGUGUCUAAAAGUAAACCCAAGAAAUAGAAUUAGCGCAGAAGAAGUUCUAAGACAUGAAUUCUUUGAUUCUUGUAAUGAGUCCCUAAGGAAGCAAAGGAUGAUUAAUCGAGCUCUAAGGUCGGAAGCUGCAGCUUCUAAAGCAAUCUGAGAUCAGUUUCAUCAAGUGCAGGUAUUUUCGUUAGCAGCAACUGGCGCAUAACUAGUUGUUAAUUUUUUGUACCAGAAGGUGGUUGACCCAUAAGAGGGUUUUCUAUACCUGUUAUUCUUGUCUGUAUAUAUGACUACUUCAGAGAAGGUAGCAGUGUGAUAACUUGUAACUUGUUUAAGCUGCUUAAAUGUAGAACUUCAACAUAUUUUUUGUAUUUAUCCUUCUAUUGCUGUAAUUCGUAAAAUGU